AUGUUAAGACUGUUUUGAAAAAUGUGCCAAAACGACUGAGAAAAACUAACAGGAGGCAGCAGAACAGGAAAAAAGUUUCCUGUAUGAAGUAAAUAUUUUGGUUUAAUAUGAAGCCAGUGUGAGCUCAAACUCAACCAUUUUUUUUUUAUUUAUUUUUUUACAAUUGAAAAAGAAGAGAUGAAGUCUUAGCAGGUGUUCUUUUUUCUUACUCUUGCGAUGCGUUUUCUACAUGCAAUACCAGCUUUAUCCAGCAGACGCCAAACUUUACCUGUUUUUGGUGGAGCUUCUUCAGGUUUGAGCCAAUUAACAGCAGGUGAUUCUUGUCACACUGACACUACAAAUGUGUUGAGAUGGCUGGACAGCCUCAGAAAAGUAAUUAAGCACAGGAACGGUCACACGAAAUAGCAGAGGAUGUGGCUGAACAGUCUUCUUAUUGUUUUUCUCAGCUCUAAUCAUUUAGUAUACUCGCUGAAUUUUGAAGGUGGUGACACUGACAUUGAUCCGGAGGAGGACUGGGACUCGAUGGAAAGUUUCACGCUAAGCGCAGAUGAUGAUGAUUACAGUGAUGGAUUUAUACCACAAGUCAAGACCGGUUUAUCGGGCUCAGAACAAGCUAACGGGCCGCUAAAACUACCGGAGUCGGUACGAAUACCAGCAUCUAUGCUACACAAAGGACUCUUCACCCCAGAAAGCGGCAGUAGGCCGGUGCCUCCGCUGGUCAAGUCAAUACUUCUGCCCAAAACAGCCGCUGGGAAACGUGCGCAAUCUGUCUCCGCUGCUGCGCCGAAGAUGGUUGAGGUGAUGUGUUACCUGGACCGGAUUCACGUGAGAGUGCUGAAAAGUGUGUUUACCAACCCCAGCGCAUGGAAAAACUUAAAGCUGGGAACGUGUGCUGUCAAUAAAGCCACGAAUACUCACUAUUACUUUCUGUACUAUCUGAAAGGAUGUGGCAUAAAACGAGGGGAGGAUGCCAAUCGUGUGACUUACACGAACACACUCUACUAUAGGCCUUUGCCAGUCGCCACAGAGCUGAUUGUGAGGGAGCUGCCGUUUACUGUGCCUAUUCGAUGUAGCUACACAAAGUUCCAUCGCUCUUAUGCGGUAGGAUUCUUACCCCACAUAGCAGGUGGAACCUUGUACAGGCCACUACAAAGUCGAUCAGGGACCACACUUGCUGCACUGGAUGUGUCUUGGAACGCUCUUCCGGUUGGCCAGAGCUUUGUCCUUGGCAAACCCAUAUGCUUUGAAGCUAAAGGUGCCAGCACGGAAACAAGCAAACGGCUGUAUCUGAACAGUUGUUUUGUCACUUCCUCCCCAAGCCCUUUGUCGACGGAUAAAUAUUCUGUGGCAGAAAAUUAUGGAUGCCUGGUGGACAGUAAGAACAGCGCUCUGACAAAGUUCUACACCAGUGCUAACAAGAUGACCGUGAGACUUUGUAUGACCGCUUUUCUGUUUAAAAACAUGGUUUCCCAGCCAAUGUCCAAAAAGACCAUGUUUAUGCAUUGCGAGUUUGACUUUGGACCAGAGACUCCUACACCUAGUGCCAAGUCAUGCACGUAUAACACAAAAACCAAGAAGUGGGCCGAGCUGUAUGGUGAUGCCUCUGUCUGUAACUGCUGUGCAUCUACAUGUCCUGCUCCUCCAAGAGCAUCUGGUAAGUCAAUGAUCACCAGUGAGUCCUGGGACUUGAAGAUGGGAAGGGAACCAUCAUCAUUUCUUUCACCAAAGGAGACCAUGCCUGAUGAGUUCUCUUUAGCUGGCCAUGAUGACUUUGAGCUGUUCUGGGAAUCAGAUGAUUACUAGGAGGAUGUCUUUUACAGAUGGCAGAUGUUUUAAGUUGGAUCAUAGGACGGCACUGUUAUAAUUAAUGUGGUUAUGCCUUGACCAGUUAAAGUGAUAAACAGAAUUUGCUGAUUCCCCCACCAUAAGAGAAAACAUUUGAAUGCAUAUUGAAAAUAAACAAGAUUUAAUGGUU